AUGGCACCCGCGCCGCUGCUGGAGCGAAACGAUACUCCAGACAACACCGAUUUCAAGCCUCCGCCAGGUGUCAUUCUACCGCCAAAGGAAUUCCGGACUCUUCUAGAGAAGACUGCCGGCUACAUUGUUCGUAAUGGUCCAGCUUUCGAAGCACGUAUCCGCGACAGCGCCGAAAACAACCCGAAACUUCAAUUCGUCCUCCCCGAUAAUCCAUACCAUCCUUUCUACCUGUGGCGACUAGAAGAGAUCAAGGAUGGUAGAGGCACAGAUAUUGCCGCUGGCCGUGAAGGAGAUGUUGCUGCUCCCAAGAAGAAGCAAGGCCCUGCACCCCCACCAGACUUCCACUUCUCGGCGCGCAUGCCCAACAUCAGCUCUGUCGAUCUCGAAGUCAUCAAGCUGACCGCUAUGUUUGUCGCAAAGAAUGGCCGCUCAUGGAUGACCACUCUGUCACAGCGCGAGGCCAGAAAUCCCCAGUUCGAUUUCCUUCGGCCACAGCACAGUUUCCAUCAGUUCUUUUCGCGUCUAGUGGACCAAUAUACCGAGAUUCUGAACACACAGGGACAACAGCAGCAGGAAGUCAUUGCAGAGCUUGAGAAGAACGUCGACAACAAGUAUCGUGUCCUCGAGAGUGCAAAGAAGCGUGCCGAGUGGGUCAAGUUCCAGGAAGCACAAAAGGUCAAGAAGGAGGAGGAGCACGAGGCGGAGAAACUCGCAUACGCUCAGAUUGAUUGGCACGACUUUGUGGUCGUGGAGACGAUCCUGUUCACCGAAGCAGACGAUCAAACAGAACUGCCUCCACCCACAUCGUUGAACGACAUUCAGUCAGCAUCGCUCGAGCAAAAGGCACAGAUGAGCAUGGCCCCCUCGGGCAUGCGUAUCGAAGAAGCCAUGCCGGGUCAAGAAGCCUACUACCAGCCACCACCUUCUCAGAUGCCUGCACCCAGCUCAUACUCACCCGCUCCUCCCGCUUUCUCUCCCGCCCAGCAGAACGGAUUCGCACCACCACCUCGUACAGCACAAGAGCAAGAAGAAGAUGCUCGUAUCGCCGAGAGAGCUGCCGAACGCCAACGUGCCGAACAGGCUCAAGCUGCUGCUAGAGGUCAAGGUCCUAUGCGCAUCCGCAAUGACUACGUUCCUCGUGCCCAAGCUCGCAGACAGAAUGCCGCCACUGCACUUUGCCCCAACUGCAAACAACAGAUUCCGUUCAAUGAACUUGAGCAGCACAUGAAGAUUGAAAUGCUUGACCCGAGAUGGCGUGAGCAGUCUCGCAUUGCUGCUCAGCGCUCAAGUACUACCAACCUGUCUACUGCUGAUGUCGCCAACAACCUCAAGCGUCUAGCCUCACAGCGAAGCGAUGUCUUUGACCCUGUCACUGGCCAGGCUGUCAGCGAUGAGGAAGCUCAGAGACGUAAACGAAUCGAACUCAGCAGCUAUGACGGCGUGAAUUCGUCUCAAUCUACUGCGCCUGGUGCUUCGGGGAAUCAGUCUACCGAUGUACAGGAGCAGAUUCGCCAAUUGCAUCAAAAAUAUGGCCACCAAUGA